UGUGGCGGCGGCGGCGGCGGAGGCAGCGUUCAUGUCCUAACGGCUGUUGGCGGCGGGCGAGGCGGGGCCCCUCCAUGCGGGGGCCGCGGUGCCGCAGCGCUCUGGCCGCCUUCACCUUGCUGGUGCUGUUGCGUGUGGCGGCGGGCGUCCCGGAGCCGUUGCCGGGCGAUGCCGCGGCUGCGGAGGCCGCUUUCGGGUUGGGGGCGGCCGCCGCUCCCGCCGCUCUGCCGGCGGGGUCUGCUGAUGUGACGGUGGAGGACGAUGAGGCCGGGGUGGCCCCGACGGCGCCAGGCGAGCAGGAGCCUGAGGAGGGCGAAGAGGCCCGGACCGGCGGCAGAUCUCUAGUAAUUAUCAGCACUUUGGAUGGACGAAUUGCUGCACUGGAUCCAGAAAACAGUGGCAAAAAACAGUGGGAUCUGGAUGUGGGAUCAGGUUCUCUUGUGUCAUCCAGUCUCAGUAAACCAGAGGUAUUUGGAAAUAAGAUGAUAAUCCCUUCCUUGGAUGGGGACCUUUUCCAGUGGGAUCGGGAUCGAGAGAGCAUGGAAGCAGUUCCUUUCACGGUUGAAUCUCUUCUUGAGUCAUCCUACAAAUUUGGCGAGGACGUUGUCUUAGUUGGGGGAAAGUCUUUGACAACCUAUGGGCUGAGCUCAUACUCAGGGAAGGUGAAGUACAUCUGCUCAGCUAUGGGCUGUCGCCGGUGGGAUGACGAUGAAACAGAACAGGAAGAGACGCUCCUAUUGCACCGAACCCAGAAAACAGUCCGUGCUGUUGGACCACGCAGUGGCAAUGAAAAGUGGAAUUUCAGCGUUGGCCACUUUGAGCUGCGCUAUGUCCCAGAUAUUGAAACUAGAGCAGGAUAUAUUGAAAGCAAUUUUAAAUCAAAUAUGAACAAAGAAGAAACAAAAAUUAUUUCAGAUGUGGAUGAGCAGGAAGCUAUGAUGAAAGAUACAGUGAUAAAGGUCUCAGUAGCUGACUGGAAGGUGAUGGCUUUUAACAAACGAGGAGGACAUCUGGAAUGGGAAUACCAGUUUUGCACUCCAAUUGCUUCUGCAUGGCUAGUUAAGGAUGGCAAAGUAAUUCCCAUCAGUCUGUUUGAUGACACAAGUUACACUGCGAACAAUGAAGUACUGGAAGAUGAAGAAGAUCUUGUGGAAGCUGCCAGAGGGGCCACAGAAUCCAGCGUCUAUUUGGGUAUGUACAGGGGCCAGCUGUAUCUUCAGUCAUCAGUCAGAAUUUCUGAGAAAUUCCCAACCAACCCAAAGGCUCUGGAAUCCAGGAAUGAUAACGCCAUUAUUCCUCUUCCCAAAAUCAAAUGGAAACCUUUAAUACAUUCUCCUUCCAGGACUCCCGUGUUGGUGGGGUCUGAUGAGUUCGAUAAGUGUCUCAGCAAUGACAAGUAUUCUCAUGAAGAGUACAGUAAUGGAGCACUUUCAGUUCUGCAGUAUCCAUAUGAUAAUGGUUAUUACUUACCCUACUAUAAGAGGGAGAGAAAUAAACGUAGCACGCAGAUCACCGUUAGAUUUUUUGAUGAUUCAAAUUACAAAAAUAUUCGCAAAAAGGAUCCUGUUCUUCUCCUUCACUGGUGGAAAGAAAUUGUUGGCACCAUUAUAUUUUGCAUUGUGGCCACAACUUUCAUCGUACGCAAACUUUUUCAUCCCCAUCCUUACAGCAGACUGCGGAAGGAAUCUGAAACACAGUGCCAGACUGAUAGUAAAUAUGAGCCUGCUUGUGGAGAUGUUAAAGACAGCAGCUGGAGUGACGUCAAGAACUCUGGAUACGUGUCAAGAUACCUGACAGAUUUUGAACCAAUUCAGUGUCUGGGUCGUGGAGGUUUUGGAGUAGUUUUUGAAGCCAGAAAUAAAGUAGAUGACUGCAAUUAUGCUAUCAAAAGGAUCCGUUUACCCAACAGGGAGCUGGCUCGUGAAAAGGUGAUGCGGGAAGUCAAGGCAUUAGCUAAACUUGAACAUCCAGGUAUCGUUCGGUAUUUCAACGCAUGGCUGGAAGCUCCACCUGAAAGAUGGCAGGAAAAGAUGGAUGAACAGUGGUUAAAAGAUGAAAGCACUGAUUGGCCACUCAGUUCUCCCAGUCCGAUGGACGUCCCAUCUUUUAAGAUCAGAACAGAGCCAUUUUCUGCAAAGGAGCACAUUGAAGUUAUUGCCACUUCAUCGGAGAGGGUGAGGUCCGUGGGAAUACCCUGUGGUCAGUCCGAUUCAUCUGGAAGCCAGUUUUCUCCUCUGGAAUUUUCUGCCACGGACAACAGGGAUUUACACCAGUCGGAAGAUCCACUAUUAAACCUUCAGGACAGUGUCCUUACAGGCUGUGAUGUAGAAGACAGUACUAUCAACAAUAAUGAGCUGGGUCACUCCUUGGAAAUUUGUUCUUCAGCUGUUCCUGUCAUACACUUGAGGGAAGGAACCUCCUCUUCUAUUGUAUUUGAGGAUUCUGGCUGUGGAAAUCCUUCUAGUAAGGAAGAAAAAGUUGAUGUUUCACAUGAUAAGAGUCUUUCUGAGGAUAAGGCAAAAAGUACAAAGGAAUCUGACAACAAGAAAUCUGUUUCAGGAAGUCCCCUCUCUGUUUCUCCACCAAGGCCAACAAGUUUAAGCCUGGACCUUUCUAAAAAUAUUGCAGAAAAGGUCAAACCCACCUCUCCAAAGGUGUAUCUUUACAUCCAGAUGCAACUCUGCCGGAAAGAGAACCUUAAAGACUGGAUGAGCAGAAGAUGCAUGAUAGAGGAGAGGGAAAGGACAGAGUGUCUGCAGAUAUUUCUGCAGAUAGCUGAAGCGGUUGACUUCCUGCAUAGCAAAGGAUUAAUGCACAGGGAUCUCAAGCCUUCCAAUAUAUUUUUCACAAUGGAUGACAUAGUAAAGGUUGGGGAUUUUGGGCUGGUAACUGCUAUGGACCAGGAUGAGGAGGAGGAAUCAGUACUUACCCCAAUGCCGGCGUAUGCCAGACACACAGGACAAGUAGGGACCAAACUCUACAUGAGCCCAGAACAGAUCUGUGGGAACACCUAUUCACACAAAGUGGAUAUCUUUUCUUUGGGACUGAUUCUCUUUGAGCUGCUUUACCCUUUCAGCACACAGAUGGAGAGGGUCAGGACCUUAAGUGAUGUUAGAAAUUUGAAGUUUCCACCAUUGUUCACUCAGAAAUAUGCACAAGAGUACACCAUGGUGAAGGACAUGCUCUCUCCAAGUCCCACUGAAAGACCAGAGGCUGCAGCAAUCAUAGAAAAUCCUGUAUUUGAAGACUUGGAACUCCCACCAAAACCAGUGCUUAGGCAGAGGUCACGGACAAUGAGUUUAUCAGGAAAUAAGCAUUCCAGACAACCAAGCAAAUAACUAUCCUCAGGAUCACUUCUUCCACUCGGCAGGUUUUACAGGGAUUGUUCAGCAGAAGGAUCCUUUGAUGCAGAAUGUCUAUCUUGGAAAUAGUUUACUUAAACUUUUUUUGCCAUGUUUAAUGUAUAAGACGUGUUGGAUGGAUUUUCAAUUACUUUGACAGCCAACGAAAGCCAGUAACCACACUUUUCACAUUCCAUUUUUCUUACCUUAACUCUCCUAGGUGGAUGGGUCCAGCUACUGUGCUUACCAAUGUUGUGCUCCAUUAUCAUUUUUUUGGGGUUUGUUGGGUUUUUUUGAAGCUUGUAAACGUCAGCUUGCUGGGUAAGUGAGAGAUCUGUAACAUGUAAAUAGAAUUAAAAUACUGUAUUUUUAUAGAGCAAA